AUGGCGAAACCCACACUUUUGUUCGUGCCCGGUGCGUGGCAUUCACCUUCCCAUUACGAGGCACUCAUGAAAGUCCUCGAGAAGCACGGAUAUCAAUGUGAAGCUGUGUCCUUGCCUUCAGUCGAUCCCAAGGAUCCUCCAAAUACCGACUGCAACACGGAUGUCUCCGCCAUAUCCGACGCCAUCAGGAACGUCUUGGCCUCGGGCAACAAUGUCGUCCUGAUCACCCAUUCAUACAGUGGAAUCCCCGGGCACAGCGCGGCAUAUUCGUUUAUUGGCCAGAACGAAGACGGACCCCGGCUCACUUCCAUCGCCAUGAUGUGCUCGUUCCUGUAUCCGCCGCAAACAGCUCUUAUGGCACCAACUGGAGGCCAACCCCACCCAAUCCACGUGGUCUCUGCUGAUGGGAACCUGGUGGAUGUCGGAGGACCUGGUCCCGAGAUUCUCUUCUACAACGAUGUGCCGGCUGUAGAAGCAGCUCGUUGCGCUGCCAUGAUCAAGUCGCACUCCUGGCGUUCCAAGACGUUGCCGCCGAGUGCCGAAGGUGCUGGGUGGUGGGAGAUCCCUACCAGCUAUUUGAUCUGUGAGAAAGACAACGCUAUCCCAGCCGAUUUGCAGAGGAAGAUGGUCGCGGACGCGAAUGAAGCGUUGUCCCAGAGAGGCUCCACGCUCAAAAUUCGUGAGGAAACGGUAGACAGCGGGCACAGUCCAUUCUUGAGUGUGACAGAGCAAACGGCAGACUUCAUUCGGCGCAGUGCAGGAGAGCAGGUGCCUUUCAAGGGACGCAUGUAG